CAGGCGAGGCGCUCGGACAGCCAGCCAGCCAGCCGGCUUCUCCUCCUCCCUUCUCCCCGUUCCUUCUGCUCUUGCAAACCUCCGCUCCGACUCCCCAAGAGCUCCUGCGCCCCAAGAGCUGCGUGCGCCCCGUCCCGCCAGGCACUCAGAGGCCAGCGCGCCCCCCGCCGCCAAAGUUGCGCGGCCAGAGAGAGAGACAGAGAGAGAGAGAAAGAGAGCAGAGCUGCGACCCCGCCGGCAGCGCGCACGGAACUUUGCAGACGCGAGCGGCAAGCAGCCCCGGGCAGCGGCAAUGACUCCCUGGCUCGGGCUCGUGGUGCUCCUGGGCAGCUGGAGCCUGGGAGAUUGGGGCGCCGAGGCGUGCACAUGCUCGCCCAGCCACCCCCAAGACGCCUUCUGCAACUCUGACAUAGUGAUCCGUGCCAAGGUGGUGGGGAAGAAGCUGGUGAAGGAGGGCCCCUUCGGCACUCUGGUCUACACCAUCAAACAGAUGAAGAUGUACCGAGGCUUCACCAAGAUGCCCCAUGUGCAGUACAUUCACACUGAAGCAUCAGAGAGUCUCUGUGGCCUAAAGCUGGAGGUGAACAAGUACCAGUACCUGAUCACAGGCCGCAUCUAUGACGGGAAGGUAUACACUGGCCUGUGCAACUUCGUCGAGAGAUGGGACCGGCUCACACUCUCACAGCGCAAGGGGCUGAACUAUCGCUACCAUCUGGGUUGUAACUGCAAGAUCAAAUCCUGCUACUAUCUGCCAUGCUUUGUGACUUCCAAGAAUGAAUGUCUCUGGACCGACAUGCUGUCCAAUUUCGGCUUCCCCGGCUACCAGUCCAAACACUACGCCUGCAUCCGGCAGAAGGGCGGCUACUGCAGCUGGUACCGAGGAUGGGCCCCCCCAGACAAAAGCACCAUCAAUGCCACUGACCCCUGAGCACCAGACCCCAUCCUGCCUCACUUCCCUCCCUUCCUGCUGAGCUUCCCUCGGACACUAACUCUUCCCAGAUGAUGACAAUGAAAUUAGUGCCUGUUUCCUUGCAAAUUUCGCACUUCGAACACUUAAAGAAAAGUCUGUGCUGUCAAUAUGGAGUUGAUUUGGGAUCACCCUCCUGGCCCUUUAUGACCCCUUCUUUUUGGUUUGCACACCCACCCAUUUCCACCUGGGAAUUUGUGGUGGCAGACCAGAAAGAAUGAGGGAUAUACUUUCCUCUUCUUCGUGAUAAUAUAAUCUCUAUUUUUUUAGGAAAACAAAAAUUGAAAAACCGUCCCUUCCCUUUGGGUAUUAUUAAUACCUACCCUAUCUUCUCCUUCCCCAUCUCACCAUUUCCCAGAACCUCCUCCUGUUUUUUUUUCUUCCACUCCUCUCUUCCUCCCAGCACAUAAAGGACAUAGACAAUGAAGGUGCUGGAAGGCCACUGUUUCAGGGUCAGUCCAGAGGAGUUGGAAAAUCAAGGCAAGGUGUGCAGAGGAUCAGAAACACCGAGGAGAUGCUACUGCAUGUUCCCACCUGACUGUAUCUGUCUGUGUCUGUUUGCAAGAGGAAGGGAAGAAAAGGAGAAGCUGUAAAGGAGGAUCUGAAAUGAGGUGGCACACACAAUUCCCCAGGCUAGUGAUGCUUGGGUUGAUCAGAAAUUUUUGAGUCUGGAGCAAAGCAUCCAGACCAGUGGAACUUUCUUAGUCAGUAAAGACUUAAACAUCUGCCUGAGGUCAGUUGGCAAGUUGCUAGAUUAGCAUCUUUCCUCACCCCACUGCUUAGCACAUUUCCCCCUGGAAAACUCUGGGGGAUUUGGCCAGGGACUUGUCUUCAUGUAAAUUGGAAAAAAACCACCCAUCACCAUUUACCAUCCACCAUUCACCAAUAUAGCCAAGUAGAUUUGGAUAGAGACUAUUUCCAGAGUAGCAUUUAGUUCACCUAGGAGGGUGUGUCUUUAUAUACAUUUGCAUAUACCUACACGGGGAAUAAGUUAAUUAUUUUUUACAGGACACAGAAUUCUGUUCAAUGCUGUUAAAUAUGCCAAUAGUUUAAUCUCUUCUAUUUUGUUGUCGUUGCUUGUUGGAAGAAAAUGAUGACAUUCCAAGUUGAUCUUAUUUUUUUUCCCUUUUAAUCAGAAUUUGAAAUUAUGAUCACCCUUAGCUGGGGGGGGGGUGUCUUCUGCCCUUUUCUUAUUCUCCUAAUUCAUCUUUGGGGCCUUCAUUGAUUGGGCCUUACUGAAUUGGCUUAGAUAUGAAAUAUCUUGGCUUAGAAGUAGUGGUAGAGGAGCAGCUGGCCUCCUUCCCCCAGUUCACCAAAGGGUGAAUAAACCCCACCUAUUGAUGCUCUGAGUUAUAGAAUUAAAUCUAGGGGAGGGAUCCCUGGAGGAAACCUGACUGCCAUCAGCUAGCAGAAGCAUUUUGUUGUGAAUGUGGGUUUUAAUUUUUUUCUGGUGGGGAAUGGAACUGAGACAAUAAUAUAAAUUCCCUGAGUCCAUAAGAUUAUUUUGUUUCCAGUUGACUGUGAGAUGAUUUGAGUAGAUGAGAAGGCCUCUUCUACAGAGUCGGGGCUGGCAGGAAAGUGGCACUGAACAUGAUGGCUCGCCUUUUUUCAGAUUCUGGGUCUUUAUCCUCUGUUACCAUUUGUAUCUUCAGUUCAUUCCAUUUUAGGCAACAGAGCUGCCAAUUGAGACAGGACAGAAAAAAAUAAAAGCAGCAGCAGACGAUGCAUUGCAGUGCCUUGCACACACACAUUCAUACAUCUAUACACACAUACAUACACACACACACACACACACACACACACACACACACAUAGGCCUAGGCAGAGGGUGGGCAGAGUCCUGGAAAAGGCAGAACAGACAGCAGGUCUCCUUGGGGUGGAUCUUGUUACCUUGGAGUCCUGGCAUUAGCCAGGUGGGAGCCCAGUGGCCUGACCACCCGUGGGGCAGUAUGAAACCAAGCUAUUGUGAUGGAUGGUCUGGUGGUCUCUGAGGGAAGAGCCUUAGGCUUGAUGUGAGAUUUUCUUUCUUUUAAUCUCUAAAUCUUGCAAAGUGGAGCCCCUGACCCAACCCCCACAAGUGCCCUCCUGCCACUAGACAUCACCAUCUCCCUCUUGGGGCUCUUGGCCACUCUUCAUCCCCUUGGGGUCAUUGCCUCUCACAGGUGGAGGGACUUAGGGUCAGGCCUGUGUGUGAGCUGCCUCUUGCGACCUGCAGAGUGGGAAAGUGGGGAGAACUUCUGUCCCAUGCUCCUGGUUCUGGCAAGGAGAACAGUAGGUCCUGUGCAGAGAAAAGUCCUUGGGAAAAGUGAUGCUGUCAGAGGGCGGUUUUGAGCUUUCUAUAAGCUAUAGCUUUGUUUAUUUCACCUGUUCACUUACUGUAUAAUUUAAAGUCAUUUAUGUAGCCGAGGCACUUCCGUAUUUCAAUCAUAUUGUGAAUGUUUUAUUUUGCUAAAUCUUGUGUCAUGUGUAGCUGUUCAAUGUGUACAUUGUGCUUAAGUGAAAACAACAACAACAACAACAACAACAACAUGAAACCCCAUGCCACCAUUUUCCUGAAUCAAAUUCUACUGUGGAAUGGAGGGUGAUGCACUUCUACUGUGCAGGCAGCAGCUAGACUGGCAAAUGGGAAAUGAGGAGGAGCCAACCCGGAGCCUCUCCAGGCUCCUCCUCCAGUGGCACCACCCACCUCCACCCACUUGCUGGAGCCAGAAGGAGGAGAGUAAAGAAAGCAAGUGUCUGGCAAGUUGUUGGGCCUGGUCACUCAUAGCUCUUUUUCUGUCUAAUGCCUUUGCCCGCCCAACUGGGCAGCUAUGGUUUCCUCUAAACAACCAGGGCCAUGGGAUUUUGGGGCCUCCUCAACAUUUUGAGGGUGUCUCCUUUGGGCCUCUCUCUUGCUUUUCAAGCAAGGAAAGAGCACACUUGGGCUCUUUGCUUCUUUGGCCAGGAUGCCCCGAGGCUGUAGGUGAUUCUGUUUCCUUUUUCCAGCCUCAGAUUUACAUGUUAGCGGCAGAGCUGAGCCCCUGAGCACCAUUUUUUACCCCAUGGUUCUUGAACAACUAAAGAACAUGGUGCUGGAGGCAGUUCCGGAGACACUGUCCUUCCCUGGCCCAGCCCUUUAUCUUGGACUUGAUGAUCACCAAUGUGCAUCUUAACCCUGAGCAGACAGCCAGGUCUGGAUCCUGGCUACCGAAAAUGAAAACAUGACUAAAAGCAUUUUAUAAAACAUGAACAACUUUCAUCAUCUCCAGGCAAAAACCAAACAAAAUGGGAGCAGGUAGAGGGACCAGACAGAGUGUCUCCCCACUGGCUUUUGGGAGCAGGGGUGUGGGGAAGAAUUUGGAAAUGGUUCCUGCUCUGAGUGAAGGUGUUUCACACCCUCCCAGGCCCCUGUUCAUCCCCUUGGCCAGUCUGCUGUCCUUACACCCAGAAGUGAUGGAGAGAAACCAACCAGAGAAAACCCUAUCUGGAAGGAAUGUAUUUGUUGCUAAAUUUUGUAGCACUGUUUACAGUUUUCCUCCAUGUUAUUUAUGAAUUUUAUAUUCCGUGAAUGUAUAUUGUCUUGUAAUGUUGCAUAAUGUUCACUUUUUAUAGUGUGUCCUUUAUUCUAAACAGUAAAGUGGUUUUAUUUCUAUCACACA